UAAGAGUGAGCGUCACUGGUGCUCUGCUGAGGAGGGAUGAAAGCAGCGGCUUCUCCUCCUGUCCGUCUGUCUUUCUAUGUUUCCGUCUGUCUUUCUGUUUGUCUCCCCCUUUCUAAUUGUCUCUCAUCCUGGCUGGCGCUGCAGUGAAAGUGCUGGCUGGUGGAUUCUCCUUGAGUGAACCCUGACUGUGCGCAGUGUUUGCCGCUCCGCUGCUGUCCUGUCCACACUGACUCAGCUGUGCAGGCAGCCUGCCGGCCUCUGAGCGGACACCGGCUGCAGGAGCAGUCUCUUUGACAGAAGUGUUGGGGGGGCUGGCAGGCAGGCUCUCUACCCCCGGGACUAGUGUAGCGUGUUGCGCAACUGGGACGUGCCUCAUUUGGGCUCCAGACACUCACACAGCAUCUUCCAGAUUUACUCCACUAUACCAAAGAGGCCAAGUUGUGCUGAAGGAUAUUCUCUGAGUGCUCCAGAGCCUGGACUGGACCCUGCAGCAGUAUUUGUUUUGGAGCAGAUCUAGCUGUCAUGGAGGUCCAGUGGGUUGGGGUUGAACCCCUGAGGCUGGGCCCUCCACACACAGCCCUCGGCCUGAUCUUCUCUGUGCUGCUUGGUGUGUGGUCUGUUCAGGCCCUUGAGAUGUCUGUUGGGAAGAUUCCCUUCCUGCAGGCAGUGAAUGGCAGCACAGUCAUGUUGCCUUGCCAAUACAUCAGCUGCAUCGGCAUCGAGGAUCUCUACUUCAGCUGGCAGUUCAAUGACAACGGCACCAUGCAGAAGGUGUGUGAUUCAGUGAUAGCGUCAGAGGAGGUGGAGCCACAUGUAACUAUAUAUCGUGAACGGGUGGAGUUUGUGGGGAAGAACCAUAAGAACAACAUCUCCAUCUUGCUGUGGAACAUCACCUUCGAGGACGGAGGCCAGUACACUUGUUUUGGACGGAACCCCAAAGAGAAGGGCAGGAACCACAGCGCCAUCUUCAACCUCAUCGUGGUGGACCAGUUGAGGGUGGUGGACAACACGCUGACCAUCAUCAUAGCCUCGUGUGUGGGUGGAGCCAUCGCAGCGUUAAUGGGCUUCAUGUUGCUCAAGAACUUCACUCUCUAUGUUAUGUCUAAGCUUGAGGAGAAAAAUAAGGAGUGCCUUGUAACUUCAUCAGGGAUCGACAACACAGAAAAUGGCCUCUCAGGAUCCAAAGCUGAUUCAAAGCCAACACCAAAAAAGAAAUGAGAAAGUGCAUGUAUACAAAACAAUAUUAGUACCCUUGUUUAUGUACCUUCUGCACACACACAAAUUCAUUAUGUUCAAGUUGGGAAUCCUAAAAACUGCCCGGCUGUGGCCUCCAAAGGGGAAUAUAUACAUGUGCACACAAUGCUACGACCUGCGCAGAAUAGUGACUGUGCAGAUUAUGUACAACUAAAGAAUAAUUAUUUAAAAUGUGCUCACAAUUUGAUGAUUUAUAUCUAAAGGAUAACUGCACCUACCAGAGCCUCUUCAGCUUGAUUUAUUUAGGGUCUUAAUCUUAUCAUAUUUACAUCCCACCUCUCACCUGGACGUCUAUAUAUCUACCUUCUUCGCCCACAUUGAUCAACACAUUGCCAGAAAAAAAAAAAAAACCCAUUAACGAUGUUAUCUUUAUCAGCAACUGGGUCAGUUAAACAUUUGACAAGUAAAGCUAAUGUGCACUUUUACCUAAAAUCUAACCCUAAUGGAACGCAGAGCAUAAUGUCCAAAAGGUCUCUAUGGAGAACACUCCUGCAGAGACUGUGACUGUGGGACUGACAACUCGACACACAACAAACACACUGCUCCAACAACAGCAAUGAAGGAAGUGCAACCUUAAAGAUUUCACAACAGGCAGGAAGAAAGCAUGACAAUCUCAACUAAGAAAGAAAUAGUUUGGAAUCGAAACCUUCAACUGGUCAGUUCCCCACAGUUUUAGCGAGCGCUGAAUAAUAUAAAUGUGCAAUCUGAGAUUUGUUGAUCUUUUGACAUCAUAUAAAACAUCCUCAUUGAGCAAGUAAACAAACUGAAUAUUAACCUUUCCUUCAGUAUAAGCCCCUGUCACACUGCCUGUUCAAGGUGGCUUUGUCGUGCCAUGGUGCCGCUCUGUAUGACAGGUACGAUCGCAGAAUAGGGGAACAGAGUUGUCUCGCCUCUGAGCAGUGAACGGAGGUAUUAACAGAACCAAAACAAUGUCUGUAUAAACGGGGCAUCAGCAGGGCAGGAUCAUGGGCGGCACAGGUGUGACUUUUGACGCUGUGGUAUGCAUGAGAUUUAAAAAGUAGCAGUUAGCAGCUAACUCAAAGAAGAAGGCAGGGAAUGUUGGCAAAUUAGGAAAACAAUGAGGUCUGGGAGUUCCUUACCCUCUGAGCAGAGGACGAGCGCUGCCAAUGCAUAUGUUCUACGUCACACAUAAGCCCUUUUUAAACAGGAGUUGUGCAAAUUUGCAGGAAAGCCCAAUCAGUUUUUUUCAGCAUUGGCAGUAUAAAAACAAAAUCAGGGAGUGCAGCAAAAUGCCGCCUACCUACUUUUGUUUAUACAGAAUGCGCCUUUUUCGGGGCAAUGGGGGGCGUGAGCAAGUAACAAAACGUGUAGCUCAGCGUGUGACGUAAACAGUGACGUGGGAGGGAAGCCACAGCUGGUCAGUCCUUCGGCGAUUCUCUCAUAAGUCGGCCCGUCCUUCACCGUCCCCGUCAUCUGACGGUUAAUGGCCUCUUCGUUUGCGAGGACAAGGAGGGCGCGCAAUUCCUUGUCUCCCCAGUUGCUCAUCUUUACAGUGUCUGUCAGGUUUGUGUUUCCCUCUUGCUACUAGCUGCUCGCUAAUUCCUGCUAUCAGCUGUUUCCUGUUUAUCCACCGCCAGUGGCUCGCACGUGCGGCGUCAUCAACAGCCCCUCCCACAAGUCAUCAACAGCCCCUCCCAUAAGUCAUCAACAGCCCCUCCUGUUACAGAAGGCCGCCUUGUCUGUUUUAAACUCAAAGGGUUCCACCAAUACGUCUACCCUACGAGGCAGAAAAUUGGGCACCUCGGAUCAACUCGCCAAUCCGGCUCUGUGUGUCUAAACGCUCGCAGCUUGCCGGCAAAACGGCCCAACAUUCGCCGAAAAUCUUGCAGUGUAAAAGGGGCUUAUUGAGUUACCUGUCACACCUCUUUUGAUUCCGCGAUGCCGGCAUGCUGUCUAAAGUCACACGCUGGAGCAGCAUGAUAGCGCCAGAGAACCCAAGAAGGUAGAAUUUAAGACAGAGCCCAUUUAAAAUGCUGUGUAGACACACAGUGGCAGAUCUUUCUAUAGGCGACAUAAGCAGAGGCAGAGUGGUGAAAUUAUCUGAAGAUCCAACGCUCUGUACCACCGCUUUGUCGUGGCAGCGUAGUUCACCUUAAUGUGUUCAUCAGUGAGUUAUCAUCAGUCAGACCCUGCUUCAUUGAUUGGUUUGUAUUCUUUUUUUGUCGAGUUUUUAGUAUUGUUUGUUACCUCAGUUCAUCUGGCGCUGUGGACACGGGGAUGCUUAUCUUGCUGGCAGUAGUCGUGUGUCUUUGCUAUGCAGUGAGUGUAGUCUAAGUAAAAGCGUGCCUGUUAAUGAGCAGUGAGCUAAGUGUCUCUGGUAGAUGCUUUCUUUUUGAACUCACUACAUUAAAACCAAAUUAUGUGCACGUUUUAUUAAAUUAUGGGGAUGUUUGUGUGAAUUUGUAUCACAAAAAUGUGCAAAACAGUUGUGUAUCAUUUUGCACAGUCAUGCUCUGUUUAUUAAAGUGCUUUGUAACCAUGAUAUAUCAAUAACUGUCUGUGGCCGCAGCCAGAGAGCAAAAUUUUAAAAUUUGAAACUGUUUUUCACCUUAAAAACAAACAAACAAACAAACAAAAAGACACCUUUUUGUUUAAGUGCUUGAGACAGGAAAUAAUGCAAUGUAGUUGCAGCUGGGCUGAGUCCUAACACCAUAUUCACAGUAGUUCUUUGAUAAUAUGGUCAACCAAAUCAAAAUCAAAUUUUCUAUUGAUCAAUUUGUGGCUACUUUCCACCAAAACACCCAGCGUGUGUUGUCUAAUUGUUUCAAACAACUACAUUAAAACGAAGGGUGCAUGUACAGUGCUAAUACAAAUGGUACUUACACAGAAUAUUUUAGGGUUCGGCCCAGCUCCUCAUCCUGUACCUUCUCUUUGCUUGAUAUAAAACACAGGUGCCUGUUAAUGCUUCUACGCUCCUCUGCCAGCGAGGACGACUACAUACUGCGGAACAGUUUAUAAAGCUCAGCAAACAGUAAUAAUACAACAAGCUUCUAAAGUGGCCUGAUAGACAAUCCCCUGAAACAACCCCACCCCCUAGAAAAUGAAUGCCCCUCUGAUGAUGCUGCUUUAAGACAAAUAACCAAUGCAUUUUACGCAUGUGCAACAUGGGCCAGAUUUUAGACACAAAGCUUGAAAACAUACUUUUUUGGUAAAAUAAAGUGUUCCACUGUACUAACACUGGUAGAGUCAGCGCUGAGGUAACUGUAAAUCCCAUUGUGUGCCAUGCUAAUUUCAUUGUGCUAACCCUGUAAGCACUAUUUGGUGAUGUGGCCCUGGACACUGAUUGCCUGGAUCAGACUCAACACAUUUGCUUAGUAUGUGCCUCUUUGUGGAAAUGGCUCAUUUUCCCCCCUGAACACUUUACGAACCAUUCGGUGUUUUACUUUUUGCAAUAAAUUAUCUUUACUAGCUGCACUGCAGUGAAAAAGAUAAACAUCGUUGCCCUGCCCAUGCAUACAGAAAAUUACCCAUAAAUUCAUACUCUGAAAUUAAAACGACUGUAGGAUCAGGUCUCAGUUAGCAGACAGAGUAGAGGGGCUGUAGUUCAAGUAUUAACUCUGUUCAAGCAGGAAAUAAAAGACAGGCAACGCUCUCAGCACAGCCAAACAGGGAUGAUUCCUGCUGAGCAUCAUAUUAGGAGAUGAAUGUCUCUGCAUCAUCUUUUGCACAUUCAAGACACUGAAUGUCUGGCUUUAAAAAGAAAUACCUCCGCAGAGUGGGACAGAUGUGUGGGUGAGCACUCGGUCAAGAUAUAAACAUACCUCCCCAGUCGCAGCAGGUGCGAGCUGAGCGUACUGUACAGUUCAGUGAGUGUCUGAAGCUCACUGUCAUGUUAGUGAUAAUGUGCCUCCACAUUAAAGCAAUAUUAUGAAGGGGGUGUGUUGGGCACUUUAAACAUGUCUAUUUUGUGUAUGUAUGAUGCAUAUCAGUUUGUUACGUGUGUCAUCCAAGUGAGAUUAGAAGAAACCAAACAGCACACAUGAGGACAUAUUCAGGCUGCUUCGAGCUCCCUUGACAUUAUGCUGGUUGUUAUUCAGUGCGAUGCAUUUGUUGUUGAAACAGUGUUAAAUUGCGAGAGAUGGGUCUUAAAGGGGAACUAUGCCCAUUGUCAAAAUUCAUACACGUUAUUCCAGUGGUCUAAGCUACCUGCUGUUUUUCAAAAUUCUCCGGCUUUUUUGUGUUUCAAGUCGAAAAUCUCUGAACUUUUCACAAAGGCACUGGUGUCAUCAUCACUGCUGCUCCCUGAGCUAGUGUCUGCAUGACAUGUCACUCAGAAGCCAUCACAAUAAAAACAGAAAAGCCCAUUUGAUCAAACAGACACUGAACGUUGUUGGACUCAGCUGAUGUAAAAUUCAAGAUAUUGCUGUCGUGGAAACAAAACCCAUUUAAAACACUUUUAAUGAGAUGAUGAAGGGCUCCCCAGUGCUCUGCCACGCCCUGUUCAGCAAAACAAAAAUGCUGUGUGGACACAAGCCCUAAUUCUGUGGAUCCACAAAAUCAGGCUUCAAGUCAUCAUCGUCUAUUGAGCAGCUCCAGACGUUAUACUUGAUGACAUCAAAAAGUUCGAGACUUAAAGAGGCAACAGAUAGGAUUCGUUUUUUUUUUUUAGCUUGGCACCACCUAGCGUCAGUGGUGUUGCGUUGCACUGUUGCAACGACCAAAUUGAGCGUGGGGAUCAGAGAUAAUGAAUAAAAUAUACCAAUGACACCAAUAUGUACAGUACCAGUACAAACAACAGUAGACACAGUGGGAUUAUACCAAUAUGCACAUGUAAACAGUCCCCAUUCUAGAAUAAACGCUACCGUAUGGAAACCAUGCGGCCGGUUGGAGCUCAAAUUGAAUGGGAAACAAAGUCCAGUGUUCACUUAGCUGGGCGAUGUCCGUGGAUAGCUGCCUCCGUGAGAAGAGAACAGAAGGAAGGGAGGGGGGUAUCACUGUCCGAGGGCUGCCGUAGAAUGGCAACCAGGAUGUCAGCCGACCAACACUCGCUACCCGCUCCCUG